CUUACACAUACACACACACGCACUCCCUCACUCACACACCCUACGCACCUCUUCUCCAUCACCUCACCCACUCUUCAUGUACACACGGCCAGUUGCUGCACUCCAUGCCAUCCCACAUUUUACAUAUCACCUCCCUCCUGCCCGGCCUCGCUUCACCUCUUGAUGGCCGCUCCGGUUUUCUCUCUCUUGUCUCAUACUACAUCUCGGCAAACUUGUGUGGAUGCUUCCAUAACACAACUCUACUUUCCAUCCUGGCAUUGCCCUGCACUCCUGCUGUGGCAUAAUCCUCUAGUUUCCAACCAUCCCGCAGUACUCAAGGCCGUCAUCAUCUUUGGCCCUCUCCUGUUCGUCUCCUGGUAUCCCGCUUAUACGCCUCCACUGGUCUCGCCUCGUCCCAUCCCCAUACACUUAACGAUACCUAACGAUUGACCACUCGCGACUUUUUGAGUGUUCCGCCUGAUCAAAGAAGUUAAUCUGGACCUUCUUUUUUUGCUUUCAGUCUUUUACAGCUGUAGUGAUACCCAUCCCUCCAAGGCUUCUGGUUCUGGCUUUUCUCAUCUCAAUCUUACUUGGAACUUGCCUACGUUCUUCGCCUCACGCUGGCGACCUCUCGACUCUACGACUUCUUGGCGUUUCGUGGCCUCCUGGCGCAUUCCAUAGCCAACCGUCUUUCCUGAUUUUGCGAUUGACAAUUCUUCUGUCUCCCUACCGACCGAACGGUUUCGACUUCGCCCGCCCCCCGUUCACAACCCACCUGAAGCGAUAUCGACACAUCGGCAAUCAUGCGCUUCAGUCUCGUUCUCCCGCUUGCUCUGCUAGGCCUCAUAUCCACAGUUGCCGCGGCGCCUCCUCAACCCCCCCGAGACAACAACGAGGACUUUUCGCCGGCGCUGGUCAAGCGUGAGGACACCAAGUACUUCCACGAGCCCUGCUGUGGAGAAGAGUUGGGGCACUACGACAUUCGCUACUUCAAGGAAGCUGUAGGCUACGAUGACCACCGAGUCGUCUUGCGCAACCUCAUCCGCUCCUACCUGACCGUCACCAAGAAGCUCAAGGUCGAGACGUGGCUCGCGCACGGCACUUUGCUGGGCUGGUGGUGGAACGGCAAGAUCAUGCCGUGGGACUACGACCUCGAUGUCCAGGUCUCGACGGCAACUCUGUAUUGGAUGGGCCAGAACCUCAACCGUACCGAGCACGAGUACGACUGGACCGACAAGGACGGCAACGCUAAGAAGGAGCGCUACCUCCUCGACGUCAAUCCCCACGGCACCGACAAGGACCGCGGCGACGGCCAGAACAUCAUCGACGCCCGCUGGAUCAACAUGGCCAACGGCGCCUUCAUCGACAUCACCGGACUCGCCGAGCGCGACCCCGACAACUCGCCGGGUGUCUGGAGUUGUAAGAACUACCACCGCUACCGCACCACCGACCUCUUCCCCAUGCGGGAGACCGAGUUCGAGGGCGUCCCUGCCACCAUCCCCUACAGCUUCGAGCGCAUCCUGUCCGACGAGUACGGCAGCAAGAGCCUGGUAACCACCGAGUGGCUUGGACACAAGUGGGAGCCCGAACAGAAGGAAUGGAUCAAAGUGCCCGAGUCUGACGACCAAAAGACGCAGCAGUAGAAGGAUCGUAUGUGCUUUGGGUCUGGCGAUAGAGAUGGCAUUACUGGGAUUUGGAUCGGCAUGAGCGAUGGAUUUCGAGUUGCGAUGGAUCCCAACAGCGUUCGCGGACAUCGUGUUGGGCGGCAGCAAUUUGCGUCAUCGCACGCUUGCUUACACGCAUUCAUUGGUGGCGUUCUCGGAUAUGGCAUUGCAUGGCAAGGUAAAGCAUGGCAUUUUUUUUAGGAGUUGCAAGGUCAGGGUUUCAUACAGGGGACGACACUCGGACGAGGUCAUGUCCCCCCCCCCCUUUUUUUCCCCCCCCACAACGUAAAUGAUGAAGAUGGUUUAUCCUCACAAUCAAAUAGUGUAGCCCUUUGGUUAGACUGGGGGAUAGCUGGUCAGCUUUUCGAUGAAAAUUGACGCAUGCUUGUCUCAACAUGUUGCACCAACUUCAGUUAAACUUGGGAAUAAUCGGAAUGUUGACCCGUUAGAAGUGAACGUACAUCAGACAGAACCAUGCGUCAUGAAUGAGUUGAUUAUAUAUCCUGGCGUCUGAGGCCGAUUCGUAUCUCAUGUCUAUACCAACGCCGUGCAAUGCCGAAAAGAGAAGGGAACAAAAAAGAUUAUGGGAACAAAAACAGUUCAAACUCCCAGCUCAGGAUGAUGGGCCAGAGUCGGGUUUCCCUCCGUCCCGCCUUUCCAUGUUCAUCCUCUUGACCCUCUCCUCGGCAGCUUUGGCGAGGAUUUCGCGGCGACUGAGGCCCGUGGCGUUGGCAGCGCUGCCGCCGACGACGAAGUCGCCUCCCUCCCACGCCCCGUGGUCCUCGAACCCCUCCUCUUCUUCAUCCCCCGGCGCGUAAUAUGACGACGACUGCUGCCCGACGGUGUGCCCGCCGUGCUUCCAGUCGGCGGCGUCGACCUCGCGCUCGAUCUGGUGGCACAGGUCCCAAAAGUCCCGGUCAUGGUUACUGUGGACGUUGUGCGCCAACUCGUGGCACAGCGUCUUGCGGAUGGUCUUGUAGUCGCGGUACCCAUCGUGCGCGUCCGUCCGGAGCCGCAGCUCGAUGGCCUCCCCACCGUUGCGGUUGAGACCGAGCAGCCUCGUGGUUCCCUCGUGGGUGGACUGCGUAUUGGACAGGGGCUCCAUCUCGGUCAGCAGGCCGACGCUGAACUUGUGCUUGCGCAUCGAGGCGCGGAUGCCCGGGUCCUCCUUGAGCCUCUCGAGGAGGGCGAGAGAGCGCUCCGGGUGUGGCAGGCCGGCGAGGGGCCGGACAGAGAGGAAGGUGUAUGUACUGUCGGCCUGGGCGCGGCCCUGGUCGCGUCUUCGAGAGGAGCGGUUCUGGCGCCGCGCCGCGCUGCGGGCGGCAUUUCGUUUCGCGGCGAACUCGGACGCGGCCUGCAUGGAGGCUACCUCCUUUGCCUCGGCGCCCAUGAGCAUAAUCUUCUUGUCCUGCAGCGCGGCGAGGGACAUUUCUGGGUCCUUGAAAGGGGGCUUGAGGAGGCCGAGCUUCGGGACGAUGAAUUUCUGGUUCGAAGGCGGGAUGGAGAGGGUGUCUUCGACGUCCUCGGAGAGGUGGGUGAUCGUGCCGUCCGAGGGGAACUUGAACGUGUGCGGGGCGUUGCGAUGGGUAAGAGUGAUGGUGAUGGCUUCGUCGGAGGAGUCGUAGUCGGACUCGACGGCGUGUGGCUCGGCCAUGGUAGAGGGCUGCUGGUGUGUCGUCGUGACGGAGAGGGUGUCGUACAGGUGUAUGUGUGUUGAGUGUUGUACCAAAGUGGGUGGAUAAUAGCAAUGUAAAGUGUCGUGUAUGUACAGGGCCGCGGAGACUUUCCAAGCAAUCGCCCGGUCGAAAGGCUGGUUAUAUACGGUACUGGAUAAGUGUCGUGGAAUGCGCAGGAAUCGGCCUGGGUGAGGCGCAGACAGCCACUCGUGAUGUCGGUUCGGGGGGUUUGUCAGUGUGUAGCGCAC